AUGUACCACCUAUUCAUUCUUCUUAUGUUAACAACCAAUAUCGUUUUUUCGGAGAAAUGCGAAUCAAAUGAGGAAUGUGAUUCUAAAUGGCCAGAUGCGAUUUGUGUACGUGGCAGAUGUCGUUGUCCGGAGAAUACGAUUCGAAAAAAGAGUGCUUCUAGAGAAUGGGUUUGUCUCGCGACCAAUGAUGCAAUCGGAAAUUCUGGUCCACCGUUGACGUGCCCCACUCCAGAAGGUGCCGGAUAUCAAGUGAUGUAUCGAAAAGAUGGGGAACCUGUGAAGUGCUCCAGUAAAAAGAAGCCAGAUUCCUGUCCAGAAGGAUUCGAAUGUAUUCAAGGGCUUUCGAUUUUAGGAGCGUUGGAUGGAGUUUGUUGUCCGGAUCGAGCAAAAACCUGUGAUCAUCCGAUUUUCGACCAUCCAGACGACGGAUACCUAUCCAGAUGGGGAUUCGACGGUGUCAGUUGCAUUGAGUUCAAAUGGAAUCCCGAACGUCCGUCAUCUGCGAACAAUUUCAAAACUCGCGCUCAUUGCGAGGAUUACUGUAUCGGUUCUUCGAUAAACGGUCUAUCUAAUUAUCAGCAGACGAAUUUUCAUUUGUAA